CUAUUCAGUGUGGAAGCACAUAGCUUGCAACAAACUGCAGCUAUCAGAAGACCUAGCAUGGAUGUAUUUUGAGGGUUAUUUACUACUGAGUGACAUGCCAUCAGGACAAAAGGUUGCUCUUUACAAUCAGUUAGCCAAGUGUAAAACAUCAGCAGAUCGUGACAAAUGGCGGGCACAGCUGACAGUGGACACCCUGAAAUUUGUGCUGUUACUGUACAUACAGCAACUUCACAAAAUCAACUUGCGGACAUCUAUGGUACUGAAUGAGGAAUGGCCAAGUAGAUCAAGAUCCCCAGAGCUAGAGGGCAGGUCAACACCAUCUUCAUCUAAGGCACUGGAUGAACACAGUCACCUGACCUUUGUGUUAAACCACCUGAAUGAAUUAAUGGAAUUACUUAUUGAGCCAGAUGCAUAUGGUACUGCAGGCAGUGAUGUGAAUCUCAGUAUGGAGGCAGUGGAGGCACUCAGUUUCAUCAUUGCAGGGUCUAUUGACAGAAGCAAGGCUGUGACACCAAUACAUGAACUGGCACUAACACCACAGGCUGUGAAAGCUAAGAGUGGAUUCUCAAAGAUCACUGGGACGUUUUCCUUUAGAAUGCUCCAGUCUUGGUUGCGGGCAACCUUAACAACCAAUCCCUUUGGUAUUGGGUCAUGUAUUGCCACUGGAAGGAGACUUUCAUGGCCAAUGGCAGCUGAGGACAAGGAAAGCAAAGGGGAGAACUUGGGCAAGAGAGGAAAGAUAGCCACAAAUGCCCACCUGGUCCCAAGGGAACAUAUCAUGGGCAACAAAGUUAUAAUUAUGUCUCAAGUCUGCAAGCAGACAAUCUCACGGAGUUCUGGUACUCUAGAGAUGGCUACAGUCAAAGUUCAUAGGUGUCAUUUUGCCUAUUUAUAUUUAUUGUCCCCUAUUAGGUCUGUGAGUAUUGAAAAGUGUCGUAACUCCACCAUCAUCCUGGGUGCUGUGGACACAGUGGUUCACGUCAAUGCUUGUGAACAGGUCACAGUCAUAGGAGCAUGCAGGCGCUUCAGUGUCAG